AUGACAUCCAUUUCUAAUACCGAUACAGACGUCUUUGUUGGUCUAGGAAAACUUCCCUCAGAUAUUGUUGCAACAAUUGUCGAUUACUUGCCUAGAUGUAUGUUACCAGAGCUAUUAUACUUCCCACCUAUUAGAGAAGUUGUUGCUAGUGCAAUUUUGUCAAAGAUGUCAAUCAGUAACAUUGUAAAAAGAAACACUGAUUAUAGUGAUUGUAAUUGUGAACUUCUAGGUAUUAGGCCGAGAAGUUUGAAGCGGGGCAUUGAUCAAUGGAAUAUAUUUCCCAAAUUUGUUGUCAUUCAGGAUUUGGAUGUAUUUAAGAAGGUGUUGGAUAUCUGUCCUCAAGUUUUGCAUAAUGCCUUAAAUCUUUAUGGUGCUUUUUUUGUAACGAAUGAUGCCGAUCAACAAAAGAGUUCGGAGAUACUUGUGAGUUCUAAUAUCAAAUUCCAUUAUUUGGUAUUAAUGAAUUUUGGACACAUAACGACCUUACCUACUGUUCUAGUAGAACUUACCCUAGGAGAUACGACACUAGCUAGUUAUAAUAUCGAUGGACUAAAGAGGUUGAACAUGAGACGAGUGUUUGUUCAAGAAAGAGUGACUAGUUAUUCUUUUCCUUCAUCUUUAGAGGUUUUAGGAAUCGAAGGUCCGCGGUCACCUAAAGUGAUUUUGCCACCAAACUUACGGAAAUUGAGCCUUGCAACAGAGCCAGCGUCAAUUGAAUCGGUCAGUGGAGAAAUGACCAAGUUGGAAUAUUUACUCCUUGCCUUACCAGGCGUUGUAUUCUUUGAUGAGAUCGGACUUGUUGCUCCGAACUUGAAAAAGCUUGAUUUGAGAUAUUGUGGCAGACUAACUAACUAUGAUGGCUUAAGAAAGUUUCAGCAUUUAAAAGAAUUAUCCAUAAAGUUUUGCACCUAUCCAAUUGGCGUAUUUAAAGGUAAUUUAUUUCCCGAGUUAGAAAAAUUUGAAUACGUGGGGACAGAUUAUGACUUUUCAAUCCCAGAAUUUAUACCUGGUGAUUUGUUUGAUGUCACAUUGGACUUUCCACCAAAUUUAAAAUAUUUAUCAAUAAAGUUUGCUAAUUUUAUGACGGUUGAUUUGAACACUCUUGUUUUUCCUCCUACAUUAAAACAUUUAGAACUUUGGGGGUUAAACUUCACUUAUGGAUACUUGCACCUUUCUGAAAAUUUAGAAUAUGUACGUAUGCGUAGUCGGGAAUUACAGUUUGAUGAUAGUUUCAGAAUUCCUCAAAAGGUUAAAUACCUCCAAGUAACAGCUAACCAUUUGGCUUUUGAUACACCAGAUUUUAUGUACCAUUUACCAGAUAGUUUAGAACACUUUCAAUUAGUUGCUCGUAAACAUGGAGAGAUGGGACAAUUGGAUAGAGAAAUUAAAUGGCCAAAAUCAUUAAGAAUUCUUCGUUUACACUACUUUGGUUUUAAUCCUUGCUCGUUGGAAUUCAUGAACUUGAAUGAAUCUAAUCUUCAAGAGAUUGACAUUCGUGGUGGUCACUUUAAAAGAUUAAAUGCAGAUGCACUUCCAACUAGUGUUAGAGUUUUAAUUUUAAAGAAAAUGGGAAUUCGAGAAUUAUGUGGAUAUUUCAGACUUUUAAAGAACUUAAAAAAGUUGCUUCUCACACAUAAUAACCUCCAAUAUCAACCCCCUGUGGAACUUCCAGUAUCAUCAUUGAAUAUCAUAGAUUUAACGUACUGUAAACUUGAUACGAAAUCACCAUUUGUCCAACUUGUUCAAGAGGAAAAGUAUGAAGACACUAAGUUUUGGUUAGAGGAUUGGAAUGGUUGGAGCCUGGGUUUAUAG